AUUCUUUCUGCAAGCCAAUUCAGUUGAGUCGCGCUCGUUCCGAUUUUCUAAAUUUUUAACAUCCAAAAAUGAGAAUUUAUAAGGACAUUUUCACCAAUGAUGAAAUUUUCUCGGACACGUACAAAAUCAAGCUAAUCAGCGAUGUAAUGUACGAAGUUUACGGAAAAUUGGAAACCAGAAAACUCGGCGACGUUCAAUUGGAUGGCGCUAAUCCAUCAGCCGAAGAAGCUGAAGAAGGAUGUGAAGAUGCAGUAGAAUCUGGAGUUGAUAUUGUUCUUAAUCAUCGUCUGCAGGAAACUUUCUUCUCCGACAAGAAACAAUACACUGUAUAUUUAAAAGACUACAUGAAAAAAAUCGUAGCACGAUUAGAAGAGAAAUCACCAGAUCAAGUCGAAGUGUUCAAAACUAACUGCAACACAGUUAUGAAAGAUAUUCUUGGUCGCUUUAAGGAACUUCAAUUUUUCACCGGCGAAUCACAAGAUUGCGAUGGGAUGAUUGCAAUGAUGGAAUAUCGUGAUAUUGACGGUGUCUCAACUCCUGUUCUCAUGGCUUUCAAGCAUGGUUCUAUAAUGGAACAACAUGGUAAUCACAUUAAAGCUUGUGUGUUUGUUUUCACAAAAGGAAGCCUUAUCGUAACCAAAUUGAAGACGAUGUCGUUCUUAAAUAAUUUGAAGAAGGUCUUUCAUCUGGGAAGCGGUGAGGCGAAGAAGAAACGCCUCUACAAUAACAUUCGUAUGGAUACUGAUCCAAAUGAUUUCUGGAGUAUGAUCGGUGAACUUGGUGAUGGUGCUUUUGGCAAGGUUUAUAAAGCACAGAAUAAAGAGACGUCACGUCUUGCUGCCGCUAAAAUGUGUACACUUGAAGAUGAAGAAAACUUAAGCGAUCAUAUGGUUGAGAUUGACAUUUUAUCAGAAAUUCGACAUCAAAAUAUUGUUGAAUUGUACGAGGCAUUUUCGAUAGAUGAUAAGUUAUGGAUGCUGAUUGAAUACUGUGACGGAGGUGCCUUAGAUAGCAUAAUGGUAGAACUGGAAAAGCCUUUGACUGAAUUGCAAAUUGCUUACGUUUGCAAGCAUAUGCUGGCUGGUCUACAUCAUCUUCACAAGAAUAAAGUUAUUCAUCGUGAUUUGAAGGCGGGAAAUGUUUUGUUGACAAUGGACGGUGGAGUUAAGUUGGCGGAUUUUGGUGUUUCAGCGAAAAAUAAACAUACAUUGCAGAAACACGAUACUUUUAUUGGAACACCCUACUGGAUGGCACCCGAACUUGUACUUUGCGAGACGUUUCGUGAUAAUCCUUACGAUUAUAAAGUUGACAUUUGGUCGUUGGGUAUAACGUUAAUUGAAUUUGCUCAAAUGGAACCGCCGAACAGUGAAAUGUCACCGAUGCGUGUAUUGUUAAAGAUUCAGAAGAGCGAACCACCGAAAUUGGAUCAACCAUCAAGAUGGACAAAAGAAUUUAACGAAUUUCUAGCAAAAGUUCUUAUUAAAGAUCCAACCCAACGACCCGACACAGAAAUUCUUCAAACAUUACCAUUCGUUAAUAGAGAUUUGGAUCCGAAGCCAAUACGUGAUUUGCUGCUUGAAUAUAAAGCUGACGUUGUCGAGGAGGAAGUCGUUGAUGAAGAAGCUGAGGAACCCCGCAAUGCAGCAAUUCCACUCGAUUUGGAUGAUGAUACAGUUUCAGUUCAGUCACAAGAGACAGACAAACAACCCGACACGCCUUCAUCAUCCUUAUCAAAAUCGUCCAACGACAGUAAAGAAUCAACACCGCAGCCUGUUGAUGAAAAGAAAGAAAUCAAAGAGCCAAGUGUUGUGAAAACAACGCCAGAACAAGAGAAAAAAAUAAUAAAACGAGAGAAAGGUCCAGCACCUCUUCCACCACCAUUAGCUGCAGCUGCUGCUCAAGUGAAAGAACCGAAGGAAGAAGAAGUGGUUAGGGAAGUUCCUCAUAGUCUCAAAAUUAUUGAGCAAGGUGAUGAAGAAGAGAAAUUGGAAAGCAAUAAAUCAACACCGAAGACAAGUCCAACAAGUGAAAUAAUUCCACCACCACCGCCAGAAUUUGCAAACGACACUUCAACUGAAGAGUUGAGUCGAAAGUCGUCGAAAGAAUCAUUCGUUGACGAUGGUGAGAUUACAGUACAAUUCCGAAGCAGUGGAGGUCGAACACCAGUCGCUGCAGCUUCAACAAUUCAUCAAGAAGUUCGACGAAGCAUUUCAGUUGAUGACAAAUCAACUUCAUCAGCUUCAUCACCAACUGUUUUAGCAAAUGCUAAACUAAAUACAUCGACAAUCGCCGUUAAUCAACUUCCUGAUCAAUCGAAUAGUCUUGCCAGCAAUGUCAAUCAAGUGACUGUUGUCACAAGCCAUCCACCCGUGAUUAUUGACAAUUCACAGUCAGCAACGAGAAUCCCAAAAGCGGGAAAUAAUAAGAAAUUAAGUAAAUCUUUAUCUUCUGAUACCAACACUUCUGUGACGAGCAAUGAAGUUGUUAUUGUAUCAAAUGAGACGACUAAAAGUCAGCAUGUUCAUGAAUCAUCCACUGAUGAUGAUUAUCAAUCAUAUGACAGUCUAGAAAGUUCACCAAAAUACAACAAUGACAAGUCAGCAGUCAUUACAAAUACGACACCAACAACAAACAAAUCAAAGCCAAGAAAGCUUGACGAGAGUGAAGUGAUGAUUGUGAGUCCCGAUAGCAUUUUUGUUGAAGAUUUAGUUGAUGAGAAUCAAGCAGAUGGUGGUGGAAUAAUGAAAUCAAAUCAUCAGUUGGAUACUAGUCAUGUGUCAGUUGUAACAGUUGGCGAUGAGCAAGUGAAAGUUAAAGAUUCAAGUCAUUUGUUGGUUGAUUCUAACAGUGAUUUAUCAAAUGUGUCGCAUGGCGAAUCAAGUGAUGGAAUUGAGUUCAUUUCACCACAUGCAAAGACAAAUGGUCAAGUUAUUUACAAUAGUAAGAGAAGUAGCAGUUCACGUGAAGACGAUGUGAAUAUUAUUGUGAGAACUGGUUCGGGAAGUGGCGGUGGAACAAAUUCUACGAACAAACGAGUGUCUCCAGAUAGUUCUGUUGAUUGUUCAUCUUCUAUGGACUCACCAACCAGAGGGCAUAGUGAAAAUGGUUCCAUGAGAUCGUCAUCAAAUCAUGAUGGAACGAAAUCAAAUCAUUUGGGAAUUGUGAGCACAGUUACAAACAACAUCAACAUCAAUAAUGUCAGUAAACACCAUCAUCAUCAUCAUGAUCGGAGUGAUGCUGAAAGUGUUUCCACAAAUACUAGUCACGAUAGUCGCGAACGAGAUGAGUUGGAAGGUGUUCAAUUGCGACGAAAAGAGCCACAAGAAAUUGUUAUUGUUCAACCACCAUCACCAAAACGACCACAAAGAACAAAGGAAGAAAUUCAAAUUGCUAAUUUGAAGAAAAAGACGCGAAAGCGAACAAGAAAGUUUGAAAUUGAUGGAGUACAAGUGACAACGACAACGAGUAAAGUGAUUUAUGGUGACGACGAAAAUGGACGAAUGUACGAUGAUCACGUUUUUCGCAAACAGGAAUUGCGAGAGUUGAAACUGUUACAGAAACAAGAGAAGAAGCAAUUCUAUGAUUUACAAGCUAAAGAACAAAUUGCCAAGGAUCAACAAGAUAAAAAGUUUGAACAAGAGCGUUUAGCACUUGAGAGAACAUAUGAAGCUGACAUGGAUGUUCUUGCACGUCAACACAAACAGACAGUCGAGAAAUAUGAACAGCAACAAGAAAAUGAGCUCAGGAAUACAUCAAAGAAAAUUCGAAUGGAACAAGAAAGAGAAUUAAAAUUGUUCCGUGAUGCUUUAAAGCAGGAACUUCGUUUGCUAAAGCAAGAAAUUGAUUUGUUGCCAAAAGAUAAGCGUAAGGAUGAAUUUAGAAAGCGAAAAGUGAGCAUGGAAGUUGAACAUGAAGAACGUGAGAAGCAAUUUCUGGCAAAUUUGUCUGAACAGCAUGAAAUUGCACUUCGUCGCAUAAGCGAAAUUUAUCGUGAAAAAAUGGCUGCGACGGAGAAGAGUUACUUACAACAGAAGCAGACGGCAAUGAGGACACGUGAAGCAAUGAUGUGGGAACUCGAGGAAAAACAUAUUCACGAGAAACAUCAAUUGUCGAAGAGGCAUGUUAAAGAUCUUUGCUUCAUGCAACGCCAUCAAAUGAUCAUCAGACAUGAAAAGGAAUUGGAUCAAAUUAAAAAGAUGCUACAGCGAAAAGAAGAAGAGCUUAUUAAACGUCAAACGAUUGAGAAGCGAGCUCUUCCCAAACGUAUACGUGCUGAACGUAAAGCUCGUGAUAUGAUGUUCCGUGAAUCGUUGAGAAUUUCAAUUCAUCAUGAUCCGAAGGCUGAAGAAGAGAAGAUCAAAAAGUUCCAAGAACAAGAAAAGAAACGAUAUAUGCAAGAACAGCAACGUUUUGAAACGAAACACAUGAAGCAACUUGAAGAGUUGCGAGCAAACUGUGAUUCAACCGUGAGGGAACUCGAACAAAUGCAAAAUGAGAAACGCAAAGCGUUACUCGAACACGAAAGUGCCAAACUAAAGGAAUGUGACGAAGCGCUUCAACGUGAAAUGCGAGAAUGGAAGUCAAUGCUGAUGCCUCGGAAACAGAGAAUUUUGGAGGAUUUUGCACAGCAAAUUGACAUGUAUGAGUGUCGCUUUGGACCGACAGAUCGUAAUGAUUUUGAUGGAGAAUUCUUUGUGCCCGCUGAAGUUCGAAGUCGCGUCAACAGCUCAAAAGGAUCGCUUCGUAUUCACGGUGGAUUGUUGACAAUUUCAAAGUCAAGAACCUUCUUGUCAUUAUCAAGUGGCAGCAGAAUGUCAACCCAUAGUUCAACUCCUGACUUAAGUCACUCAGUUCCCACCACUCCUGGAUCGAAUCAUAAAUUUUCAUUGACAUCUUCCUAUGAUUCGGUAUUAGAAGAAACUGAAGACGGUGGCAUGGUUAUAAUUAAAAAAGGAAAGAGUAAAAGCAAAGGAAAAGAUAAGAAAAAAGUAAAAACUUAUACGUCAGUUCAACACAUUUUCCCGAACAAUGUUCAAGUGAGACGAAAAUCAGAAGAUUUUCUUGAUAAAAAAUCAUCGUCUCAAAACAAGAAUGAUUCAAAAAAGCAACAAGAUUUUCUUCGGUCGACUUCUGAUCAACCUUAUCGUUUGAUUCCAAGGGUUAAAAGUCCAGAAAUUAUCGAUGCUUUCGCUAAUCGAACAACAUUCCAUGGUGAUGAAAAUUUUUACUCUUCUCCUUCUAAUUCGAAAUCAUACGAAAACUUGGACAGUGAAUCUGGAAAAAAUGAGAAUGCCUCAUCAAAAUGGGGCACCUCUCGAAGCUCAAAAUCAUUCUCAACUGAUCUUAAUAUCUCAGCUAACUACACAAUUCCAAGAGUUUCAUUGAGUCAUCAUAAGAUUUCAAUUCAUGAUUCACAGGAAGGAACUCGCCAAACUAUGAUGAAGGUUGAAAUUUUGUCAGCUGAGGGAUUCGAAAAAUUUUUCGUUCUGCCUCUGAUAUCAUUUUCACUGAACGAUGCUCCUUUAAAAGUGGAUUCCAACCUUUGUAGCAUAAUACAAUCUAUAGCUCUUUAUGCUAAAAGUCCUGAUGAAAUUAUAUUGGAUGAAAUAUAUUUAGUGUCUGGUUUCAAUAAUGACAGCUUGUGGUACCGUGCAAAAGUAUUAAAAACGGAAGAUUUUUAUGAAGUAUUUUUAAUUGAUAAUGGAAGAAUAAUGAAAAAGCUGAAGAAGAAUCAGUUCAAAAUGUGCUCCAAAGCUUUAAGCAAAAUUAAGCCUUUGAUUGUUCAAUGCUGUCUGAAAGAUUCUGCACUUUUUAUAAAACAUCGCCCUGAAGCUGAUAAUCUUUUUAAAUUCAUCGUCAGCAAAAGAAAAACAUUUGUAAUGGUGAUAAAGGAGAAAAAAGAAGAUUUAAUUGUUGUCGAUCUUGAAAUUGACAACUUUUCUGUUUCUGACCUAAUGAAGAACAAUUAUGGUCUCGUUUUCGAACCGAAAAUUAACAUAACUUUAAAAACCCUCAAGGAAUUAAAAAUCCCACAAGACACUAGCAUUGAAAUCAAAACAUCAUGGAUUAAUUCACCGUCCGAUUUUUACGUUUCGAUCGUCUCAAUGGAACAAGAGAAAGAACUGAUGAGGGAAGAAAUGAAAGCAUUUUAUCAACAAAAUCCUGUCAAAUUCACAAUGAUCGUACCAGGAAUGAUUUGUGUUGUUGAAGAUGACAAUGGAAAUUGGCAUCGUGUUGAAGUUCAAACAUCACCAGGAAAGGACAAUUGGUGCAAAGUUAUCUACGUUGACAGUGGAAAAGAAGAAUUUGUCUUAUGGCAUUCAAUUUAUGAACUUGCAGAUGACUUUUAUUCAUUUCCCAGAUAUGCUAAACGUUAUUGUUCUUCUUUAGCUGACAUCAUACCGAUUGAAGGCCAUAAAACAUGGUCAGAAGAUUCAAUUGAAUUUUUUCGUCGCCAUUUGAUUAAUUGUGACGAUCGAAUCGAUCUUGUUGAGUCAAACAAUCGCGUUCAUCUCUUCGUUUGUCAUAAAGCUACUAAAAUUUACAUUAAUCAAUCUUUGGUGAUUUUUCAACAUGCCAAAUCAACAAUAAAAGCAAAAAACAAUUCUCGUUAUCCUCUGUUUGAAGCUUCAGAUGAAGAAUGCAAAAGUAAAGACGACAAAAAUGAAGAUUUUAAUGAAAAGCUUCACCCUGUUAAAAUAAUUAACCGAGAACAAAUAAACGCUGGCGAUUUUCUCAUUCAAUUUUUAGAUCAUGAAGACAACAUUAAAAUGUUCAAUGAAUUGAUUCAAAAAAACAUUGAAAAUUGCUUAGAUGUGUCUGAAUUAAAGGUUGGCGAAUUGUGUCUUGUUAAUUUGAGUUUUAAAAAUAAUAAUAAUCAAGACAUUGUUGAAUGGCAUCGUGCAAUCAUCAAUAAAAUUGAUUCAAGACUUCAUUUGACGAUUUGCGAUCAUCAAGACGAAGACGAAGAAGUUUCAGUAACAUUUCACAAUGUAAUACCAAUUCCUGAAUACUUUCAGAAGAUAAAGUUUUUAACAGCACGAGUCAAGAUUGAUUGUUCAUGGAAAAAUUGCUGGGGACAUGAAGAAGUAGAAAUUGUUCAACAAGUUUUUAAAUCAUUUGAUAAUUUCUUUGUUAAAUUCAAAGAUAAUAAUUCAAUUCAAUUGGCAUCUGAUCGCACCAUUCGACCAGUUAUCUUGUAUGGAUCUAAAGAAAAUAAAUUAAGAUACAACAUUAUUUCACUUCUUGAAGAGAAAGGUGUCGCUAUUUCACAUUAUGCUGAGAGACGAAUCGUUGAAGUUGAUCUACUAGAAAAUCGAUUCACGUCGAAAAUUAUGAAAUAUGUUGGAAAGAAAAUUGCAGAUGAAUUAGACAACUUUGAUCCUUUUUUUGCAUCACUUCCUGACAUUCUUGACAGUCGUUAUGUGACCAUUGGCGAUUACUCAGUGAAAUUAAUGCCAACAAUUAUAAAAAAUUGGCUUCCAACGAAGACAUCACAAAAAUCCAGUUUCGUUGCAAGCAUCAGUAACGUUGGUAAGGACGGCUCAAUUUUCAUGAUAGAUCAAACUUCAUUGCAAGAUCUGAGAGACCUUACAAACAUUAUAAAUAAAUAUUACAAUCAAACUCAAGUCACCAAAGGGACAUUUAAAGAAGGCCAGCCGUGCUUAGCACCAUUUUAUGGCGAUGAUCAUUAUCAUCGAGGCAUAGUUAGGAGAGUUAAUGGUGACAGUUGUGACGUUGAAUUUAUCGAUUAUGGAAAUAUUCAAUGUGACAUGCCGACAGAUUCUUUAAGUUUUUCCGUUCUUUGUUCAGAAAUUCCACCAAUUGUUGAACGAUAUUAUCUAACUGGAUCUCCACCGAAGAAAAAUGGUGUUAUUGAUCAAUCGGUUUUAGACAAAUUUCAAUAUUUUGCUAACACUUUCGUUGGUAGCAUCAACAUUCAUUUGGAAGACAUCAAAAUCAAUGAUCCAAAUCAUAUUAAACGUUGCUCAAUAUUAGUUAAUGGCUACAAUUUCAAUACAUAUAAAGAUAUCAUUACUAAUUUGGAACUUUCUAGCGACGACGAUAGUUGUUAAAAUUUCACUUUCAUUUAUCUCUUUUAUGAAGACAUAAAAGAAAAAAUAUGAAAAUAAAAUGUUUUAACGUCUUUUUUUUAUUUGAAAAGCUUACAAAUUUAAAAAAAACGUUAAAAGUUUUCAUUUCAUUUUUUUUAUUUUGUUCUUUACAUUUUUUUGAUAGGAUUUCUUAUGAAAAAUAAAGGAGUAAGAGUAUAUUGAAAACAAGUGUAAAUUAAAACGUGCUAAUGAAUUUUUAUGUGUAAAUUUUACGGUUCAAUUUAUGACAUCCUAAAAGAACAAUAAUCUUUUAUUUUAUGUUAUUCAACUCAUGAACUGUUCAUAAGAAAUCAACAAAUCGUCUUCACAAUCAACUUUAAUAAAAAAAUAUAUAUUUC